GGUGUCACAUGUUCCCCAGCAAAGAACGAUCCAAAGAGUGAAUCCUGUGUUUCAUAUCUGGAAUCGCCAGAGUGAGCAGCACACCUGUGACCCUCGGACAGCUUUUUACCAGCAACAAUAUGAGUGAAUCAGCGGAGGCUUUGGCUGCUAACCAGAAAAGCAGAAGAAAUGUCACCAUUGAGAUCACCAACCUCACCAACGGCUACUGCCUCAUCGACCCCAAGGUUUACCUGGAUAGCGGCAACUGCCACAGCCCCCCCCAACCCACCGUGCGCCCUUUGAAAACCGAGGUGUGCAACUUCAGCAAGACCAGCGGCAGUGCCACGGGCGCGGUGGGCGUCCUGACCUACGACAUGUUUGAGAGGAAAAGCAACAGCGCCAAAGAGAAAAUAGCCAUAAUGUUCUCCGUGCCCUACGACAACAACGUGUAUCAGAACUGGUUGGCCCUGGGGAUCUUCAACCAGGACAAAGAGUGCAACGAGAAGCUGUACAAGGAGAUGUAUGAAAACAAAGAGCAAAGCGGCUUCGUGAGGGAGGAGGCCAAAGGCAGCAGUCUCACGUUUGAGGGCCCUCACUUUGACCUCAAGGCGACCAUGUCCCCGAUGGGCAGGGCCAUGCUGAAGGUGGAGGUGUGGGACAAGCUCUUCACUCCAAAGAUGCAACAACACCACUAAACCAGUGAUUAAUUUUGACUAAAUAAUCCGGGUUGACACAGUGUUUGAUAUGUUUAGCCCUCUGUACGUCUGUGCUACUGCACCAUUCAUGCAAUAAAUCCAGUGUGAUAUGAGGAAAAUGUGUGUCUUAGUGAUCAUUACAGAAACAAAAAUAAAAAGGUCUAGUGAGUCCAACUUGUGGAAGGAGUUCA